UCCCGCCUCAGAGGGUGAGGAGGAGGAGAAGGAGGAAGAAGGGAGCACACAAGGGGACUAGAGUCAAGUUAGUCAACUUUUACGCGCUCUCUUCCAGUUUUUAAACUUUUAUCUCUCUUUUAUUUCCGUGUAUAUUCUGCUGUUUUUUUCUACAAGAUGCUGAUGCGUUUCACUAAAGUAAGCUUUAAGGUAUUAUGAAGCUCGUGGAGGCUGAAGUGAAGGUGCGCGUGCGAGGAAAAGCUUCCACGUUGUUCUCGUUUGGAAGUUUGUCGGCACCUUAAACAAAGUUGAAUCAGAUAGCGUUACCAGUGCCAAGAGAAGUAGCCUAGGUUUUAGCGCGUGAAGAAAUGGAUUUAUUUUAACUGAAAAGAAGUGGCUAAGAAAAUCAUCUGGAUUCCGUGAUGCACAUGUGAAAGUUUCCCCGAUCCGAAUUGGUUUCGUUCGGACAAGGGGAGACUUUCAUGGAUUUUUUAUGUGGGACCCGCUAGGAUGGACGUGGUAGAUGAAACAGAAGCGUUACAGAGGUUUUUUGAAGGUCAUGAUAUUACCAGCUCUCUGGAGCCAGCCAACAUCGACACCAGUAUCCUGGAAGAGUACAUCAGCAAGGAGGACGAUAGCACUGACAUCUGUUUCUCAGAGGUCCAUAGCACUCCAGGACCAAAUUACUCAUCUCCCCAGGCAGGAGUGUCCUCAGCUGGGGGGUUGGCGUGUGGUGUGAGCCCCCCUAUUCCACUGCGCCAAGGAGCUCCUCUGCCCGGGCCCCCGAACUGUCAGAACGCCUACCAACCAGGUCCAUCCCUGGGCCUCAGACACAGCUACUCCUGCCUUGGACAACAGCAGCAGCAGCAGCAACAACAGCAGGUUCACGUCAAGCCUGAGCACAGGGGCCAUUACGCUCCAGGGACACUACCUGAGUCCCCACCAGACUCCAGUUCAGAGCCGUACUCUCCUCAGCAGGUGAAUGAUCCUCACAUGAUCAGGACCAUGACACCAGAGAACAUGUGUCACAUGACUCCAACGCCACCCCUCCCACCACAUGGGCACUAUCCCAGCAUGCAUCGGGACAUGUACCUUAAGCCUGAGCCCAUGAUAUCCCAGUAUCCCAUCGGUCCGGCCACGAGUGGAAGUGGAGACAUGCAGCAGACGCAGAUGCUCCAUCAGCUCCUGCAGCAUCCCCAGGGGCAGGAUGGCAUCCCUGUCCACCAGGCCAAGAAGAGGAAGCACUCCGACUCUCCCAACAGCACCCUCAAUUCCCAAAUCCUCACAGGUAUCAUCAAACAAGAACCAGGUUUGAUGCAGGAUGCAGACAACGCCUACCUGGACCCAAACUAUCAGUGCAUCAAGUGGCAACCUCACCAGCAGAACAAGUGGACACAGCUUUAUGACGCAAACUGCAAAGAGCUUCCGAUGCCAACCUACCGUGUUGAUGCAGAUAAGGGUUUCAACUUCUCCUUGGCUGAUGAUGCCUUCGUUUGCCAAAAGAAGAACCAUUUCCAGGUCACAGUGUACAUAGGCAUGCUGGGAGAUCCCAAGUACAUAAAGACAAACGAAGGCCUUCAAACCAUUGACUGCUUCUAUCUCAAACUCCAUGGAGUUAAGGUGGAGGCCAUGAAUCAGUCCAUCAGUGUGGAGCAGUCACAGUCUGACCGCAGCAAGAGGCCCUUUAAGCCAGUGCUAGUCACCCUACCCUCAGAGCAGGUCACAAAGGUGACAGUGGGGCGGCUCCACUUCAGCGAGACCACAGCAAACAACAUGAGGAAGAAGGGUAAACCAAACCCAGACCAGAGGUAUUUCAUGCUGGUGGUGGCGCUGCAUGCUCAGUCCCACAGUCAGAGCUACACUGUGGCUGCUCACGUGUCUGAGAGGAUCAUCGUCAGGGUAACGUCUGGCCAUGCAUCAAACCCAGGCCAGUUUGAAAGUGACAACGAGGUGCUGUGGCAGCGUGGACAACUGCCAGACUCGGUCUACCACCACGGGAGAGUUGGCAUCAACACAGACCGGCCGGACGAGGCUCUGGUGGUACAUGGAAACGUGAAGGUCAUGGGUUCCCUGGUGCACCCGUCAGACAUCAGGGCCAAAGAAAAUGUCCAGGAGGUGGACACCACAGACAAUUUGAAACGGAUUUCUCAGAUGAGGCUGGUCCAUUAUCAGUAUAAGCCUGAGUUUGCAGCCACAGUGGGGAUAGAGAAUACUGCAGAGACGGGAGUGAUUGCUCAGGAAGUUCAGCAAAUCCUACCUGAAGCUGUGAAGGAGGGGGGUGAUGUGGUGUGUGCUAAUGGGGAAACAAUUCCCAAUCUCCUAGUCGUUAACAAGGAUCGCAUCUUCAUGGAGAACGUAGGAGCGGUGAAGGAGCUUUGUAAGCUCACAGACAACCUGGAGACUCGAAUAGAUGAGCUGGAGCGCUGGAGCCGCAAACUGGCCAAGCUGCGUCGUCUGGACAGUAUGAAGAGCACAGUGAGCGGAGGCACUGUCAGUCAAUCAGGGAGUUAUUUCAGCAGAACUGGGAGUGGCCCACUUAAGAAGAAGACCGCCAAACCUGGAAGCAAGAACUCGCCUCCGGAUCAAGGCUGCAUCAGCCAGAGGUUCAUGCAGGGAGCCAUCCUGGCACUGGUUGUUGUCAUGGCCUUCAGUGUCAUCUCCAUGUCAGUUCUUUAUGUGUUGACUCUUCACCAUCGAGGAGACGUCACAGAGAAGGACGGGUCCAGAGCUGCAUUGGGAUCAUCACGCAAGAGUCAGUAUAUUCCUCUGACCACCACACCUGCUGCAGCCUGCUGUUCCCCCACAGCCAUCAACAACCAAUCAGCUACAGUUCUGACACUGACAAACAACCAAUCCAUGCCAGAUGUAGGCAGUCUGGUUCCUACACCAAGCACCAUUAAUAAGAAAGCCAAGUCCAGAAUAAUGGACAAAGAGGCCCGCAGUAGAAACCGUCUGAGUCACACUUCAGCACCUUUGUACUUCGCCAAGUCAAAAAGACCUGCACCUACAGACCUUGAUGGAGGAGGAACUGCCAACCGUCUGCCUGUGGGUCAGCAGCCAGUACCACGCAGACAACGCAGCCUGCAAAUAAAGGGAGGAAGGCUGGCUCCCUCUUUGACAAGUCUACGAAUUGUGGAGACAAACCAAGAGAUCACAGUGCAAAGUUGUGCAACACCUGAAAGCUGCAGCUAUACAGUAUCGCUCAAUGGAAAGAAAAAUUCCUCUAUCUCACAAAUCACUUUACACAUGAUGUCUGAGAACAGUGUGUGGGUACGACAAUGUGGAGCCACCUGGGGGCGAUUAUGCCCCAACCACACAGAGUCAGAGCUGAAUGGUGGACAGAAUACAUUAACAAAGGGGACUCAUCAUCUGUGGUCAAUACCUGUGAUGUCUUACCAGGACAUUGCCUAUCACUUCCGUGUCUCCCUGUCUAGUGAAGUCAGUUGUGCCACAGAAGAAGAAAGCUCAUCAUUCUCUGACUACCAUCUUCUCAUUCAAAGCAGCUGUGCAUCAAAAUAAGAACACCCAGUGCCUUGACAUUUACAUUUCCUUUGUUGUUCCAUUGGUACACUGUCAUGGUGGGAUUUGUUUUUGUCUCCUUAUUGUACAUUAUUUUUAAAGAUAUCCUUACAUGCCAACUAUAUUACAUCCUCCUCAAUGUUUAUCAUCUACAUGUACAUGCAUUAAGACAUCUCUUUUUGCUGAAAUAUGAAACACUGUUCAUGGUUUCUUUGUCACUGAAAAUGUCUAUGAUUGCUUUAACUUUUUUUAAUUAAUUGCUCGUGUGUAAAUUGUGCCUUAAAGGUCACAUAUUUGACCUUUUUAAGACAAGUCUGAAUUGGUCUCAGAGGUCCCCAAAACAUGCCCAUGAAGUUUGUCA